CUGGCCAUUAAUUCAUUCCUUUUUGGAAACACUUAAAGGAAUACACCGCCGCCUGCCCAGACAUGUCUACCGCAUACAAAAACAGAAUACAGGAAUUCAAAGUAACCUUGAGUGAAGAAAACAUAAACUUGAAGACUCUGAGAGAGCUGUGCUUCAAUGGAAUCCCAUUUGAAGGAGGUAUACGAGCUCUUUGCUGGAAAAUCCUUCUCAAUUAUCUUCCUCUUGAUCAGACAUUAUGGGAAUCUUUCCUCAAAAAACAGAGGGAGGUGUACUCCCAGUUCCUGAAGGAGAUGAUCAUCCAGCCCGGUAUUGCCAAAGCCAACUUGGGCCUUUCCAGAGAAGAUGUGACUAUGGAGGAUCAUCCUCUAAAUCCGAACCCAGACAGCAGGUGGAAUACCUACUUCAAAGAUAAUGAAAUUCUGCUACAAAUCGACAAGGAUGUAAGGCGGCUGUACCCAGACAUGGCAUUCUUCCAGCGUCCCACAGAAUACCCCUGCCAGCUUAUCUUGGACCCUCAGAAUGACUAUGAGACGUUGCGUCGGCGAGUCGAACAAACCACCCUGAAAGCACAAACUGUAAACCGCAACCGCAGUGGAGUCACCAAUGUCAGCUCCCCUGGAAAGGCGUUGAACCUGUAUCCAUCUAAUGAAUAUGAGGUACUGCCCAAUGGGAGUGAGGCACACUGGGAAGUGGUGGAGCGGAUCCUCUUCAUCUAUGCCAAACUCAACCCUGGGAUUGCCUAUGUACAGGGCAUGAAUGAGAUUGUUGGGCCAAUUUACUACACCUUUGCCACGGACCCCAACAGCCAGUGGAAAGAGCACGCUGAAGCAGAUACAUUCUUCUGUUUCACCAACCUGAUGUCAGAGAACAGGGACAACUUCAUCAAGAGCCUGGACGACUCUCAGUGCGGCAUCACCUACAAGAUGGAGAGUGUGUAUUCCAUGCUCAAAGACAAAGACCUGGAGCUCUAUCUCAAGCUGGAAGAACAGAACAUCAAACCGCAGUAUUUCACAUUCCGGUGGCUGACCUUGUUGUUAUCUCAGGAGUUCCUCCUGCCAGAUGUCAUCCGCAUCUGGGACACCCUGUUUUCUGACCAGGACAGAUUCCACUUCCUCAUCCUGGUCUGCUGCGCCAUGCUCAUACUCAUCCGGGACAACUUACUGGCAGGAGACUUUACAGUGAAUAUGAGAUUACUGCAGGAUUACCCAAUCUCAGAUGUUCACACCAUCCUGACCAAGGCCAAAGACCUUCAGGAUAACUCCUAACCUGUUCCCUCUUUUCCCUCCUGCCUUUUCUGCUCAGAUAUGGUAGGUGAGAGUAUAAACAUUACAAAAUCAUUGUCAUGUCAAACAUGUUUCGUGGAACUGAUCAAUGAAGAGCUUGGACAGAUGCGUUGGGAAAAGCCAGCAUACUGCUUUUCAACUCGACGCCUGAUGAUUGGUCAAUAGGGACUGCCAUGAAACCUUUGAGGACAAGCUGAAACUAUUUCUUGGAGUGCAGAGGGGAUGCCUCUCCCUUCUUGAUGCAUUCUGGGAAAAGGCUACCUUGGUCCUCCUCCUCUCACAGCCAUCUCUCCCAUGGAGACUUGUUGUGCUCAGAUAAUGAUGAUUGCACUGAGAGAGAGGGAGCCACAUUAGUCCUACACUACACCUCUUAGUUUGUCAUGAAAAUUUAAAUGUUUAACAACAGAGCCAAGAAUUCCCACUGCAACCACGGGUGUUGUCAGAUCGAGCAAAUGUUUCAUUGGGUAAUGCAGUAGUGCAUGUUUUGGUCUUUAAGGGUUUUCUUUUUUUAUUUUUAGAAGUUGAACGUUUUUAAUUUUAGAAACAUGUAUGCCUUAUCUGUUUAUUAAUAUGUGAAGCAGGAGACAGUAUUCCUGGGUACAUUUUCUGUCUGGAUAAAAUAAAUCUGAAGUGAGGGGCCUGACCUAUUGAAUACUUUACUAGUAACCUUUUGAAAAUCAUUAUUUCUUUAGCAUCAUGUCUCAGCAAUGCAUUUAGUCCCAUUGGAAAUGUAAUGUGAUGAAUUUUCCUUUGUUCUGUCAUUACUUUGACACAACAGAGUACUGUUGAAAGAACCAUCAGAGGGAGUUGUGGUGCUUUUCACACUGAAUAUUACUGACCGAGCUUCUUCUCCAACCAGGGUUUACAUGUAUCUCUAUAGUAACUUCAUUAUAGUACUUCAUAUCGCAGUGAAUGAGUCAUUGCGAUUGGCCAGAGGGUGUGCAUGCAGAGGUGGGACCAAGUCAUUGUUUUGCAAGUCACAAGUAAGUCCCAAGUCCUAAACUUUGCAUCCUAAACAAGUCAUAAUGCGCUCCUCACCAAAUGGUAAUACCAUUUUAACAACAGAGUAAUAACAUAUUAAAUCUACAAAAAUCAUGAAUGCGUUUAAAAAUUUGUAUUUAAUUGGGUAACAAGUUUGUUGGAAGUUGUUGGAUGAUUUUUGACCUGUACAUUUUGUAUGCUGAAAUUUGUUUUUUGUUGUGCACCGUGUAGCUUUUGUUUACGAAUGAAAUUAUCGUUAGUAUCAUUUUUCGCAACUGAUGGUCAGUAACAUAACGUGAGUUAUUGAUUGUUCUCAUCUGCAACUUCAUUGGAUGCUAUGGAAUUGGUUCAAACAAAAGAGAUCUGGAGCAUUAUGUGUCGGCUUGCUUAAAAUUAAUUGCGUUAACAUUAGUUGAUUUAGGAAAUGAAGGCAAAUGGGUGGCACAUUUUUAAGUAACAUACUUUUUAAUCUUUGGGCUUGGGGGAAGGCAUCAACUAUUUUCAACUCAAAAGGCUGAAGUCUAAAUUAGUCAUGAGUCAUUGGUGUUAAAGUCAAUAGCGUCUAAAUAAGAGCUUGUGUCAUACGGAUACAGCUGUUCCUCAGAAAAAUUGAUGAAGUGACCCAUACAGUACUUUUAUGGAUACUUUUAUGUUAUAGUGUUACAGAAAAUGAGCCGAAUAAAGUUGUCACUCAUCAUUUGAUAGCAAUGUGCUUUUGUACACUGUGACAAGAGCAUGUGAAUGAAGUGGUAAGUUAUUAAAUUUUACCUAUGGAGCAGCUAAAAUUUAGCUAGGAAGCUUGCUAAUUCCAUUAUGCUUUUAUGUUAUUGUUACAGUGAUUACAGAAAAUGAACCGAACACGGUUGUCACUCAUCAAAUGAUAGCAGUAUGCUUUCCUAUGCUGUGACAAGAGUGUGUGAAUGAAGCAUUAAGUCAUUAAUUUAUUUACUUAUGUAACAGCUGGAAGUUAGCUAUCUUGCUUGCUAAUUCAAACAAAGUUGAUAUGGAGAAUUAGGUGUCGACUUGCUUGAAAUGAAUAGCAUUAACGUUAGUUGAUUCAGGAAAUGAAGGGAAAUUAAUAAAUUGGUGGUCCACUUUAUAACAUGACAUACUUUUUAAAGGAGCUAUAUGUAAGAAAUCUAAAGCAAAUAGUCGUAAAAUCCUCCUAAUGUCACAGAGACUAAGGAA